AUGUGGAAUUACUCUGUUGUUUCCCCUCCCCUUCAACCUGAACGCAAUGCCGAUACUGAGAUCGACAAUGCUACGCUUAGUACCUGGCCUACGCUCACCUACGCUGAAGCCAAGAGUCGGGAUCCGCGAGCGGUCAACGCCAUUUGCUGCAAUAUUUGUUUUGUUGACUAUAAGGAGGACGAGAGGGAGGAUAAGGCAAUGAGGCUUCUGCCAGAGUGUGGACAUUUAUUUCACGCGACAUGCGUGGAUCCAUGGCUAUGGCGACAACAUACUUGUCCGGUGUGCCGGUCAUUGGUGGUGAAUCGAGACCUGCAGAUGCCUUUAGCCGAGGUUUUGAACGCGCUUUCUUUGGAUAAUUCAUCUCUACAUCAUAAAGGUGGGAAACUAUGCCGAAUUGAGUUUGAUAUGAGAAUCAAAUGUAGAGUGAAUGUAUAG